AUGUUGACCGAAAUGUACCAUGACCACGGCGAUAGUUUGGCACUGCAAUACACCGGAAGUGCACUCAUAAAUCAGGUCGAGACCUAUCGACACAUGCCGCAUUGGAACAGUCACUCCAGGGACAUCAUCGAGCAUCUUCGCUGUUUUUAUCAAACUGCUAUCAACCCCUUCCUCGGCAUGAAUCCUGACUGGCAAACAACUUGCCCUCUCCAACGUGACAAGUAUCAAAAAUGGUACAAAGAGGAGCAUCUUGAGCCGGCCUACAUGUUAGAAGACUGUCAGAAAGGCAUUAUGCAGUUUGUCAACACAUGCAGAAAUUACUGGAUCGAAUAUCAUCGGCCGAAGCACAUUGCGUUCUCAGUGAAUAGCAUACUCAAGCUCCCUGGACUCAUGGAUGGCAUUCGACGUUGGAUCAGCUCAAGCCCAGCUUCCAACGCCAUCUCCGUGGAUCAAAAUUCCACUAAAUACAUUGCAGAGCAGCUUAUGAACCAGACGGUCUCGCUGAAGGAAGAGAAUGAGUACGAGGAGUGA